UCCUCAAGGGCGCGCGCCCCGCCGUCGCGAGCAGCCCAUUGGUGGAAGUCAGGCUUGAGCGCACGCGCUUUUCCUGCGCGCUCUGCGUUUGUAGCAGCGCGGCGGCCCCGACGAGUCCCUUCGGUGAGGGCCCGCAGCAUGGCCGAGCCGCGAGUGCUCCCGCUACUGCUGCUAUUGCUGCUAUUGCUGCUGCUGCCGCCGCCAGGCCACGCCACCCCGUCCCCCUGCUCCCCGGACGAGUUCCAGUGCGCGCCCGGCGCCCCCUGCUUCCCUCAGGACUGGCGCUGCGACGGCCACCCCGACUGUGAGGACGACAGGGACGAGUGGGGCUGCGGGACCGCGACAACGGCGGAGCCGAGUCCCGACGGCGCCGCGGUGACCCCUCCAAGGAGCUCGGCGGAGCCGCUCGCCGGCAGCGCAGAGCCUUCAGCUACACCUGAGCCUGAGGUCUCUGUGCCAUCAAGGAAUCAAAGUUACACAUGGGUCUUGAUUGUUGCAGAGCUCCUGAUCAUCCUGAUAGCUGCAGGUUCUGUUGCUGUGUGGGGUCUGUCCAAAGCAAAAUGCAGAUCUGACGUCUUUGGUCUUGAAAAAGCAUCCAGAGAACAGCUGAUGCCUGAUGAGAGCCAGAAAGGCUCCUUGCCCUGAAUGAGAUCCUUAUCCCAAGGUGAUAAGGUGGGACUAGCCUUGUCUGUCUCCUGCUCACCACAGAGCCUGACUGAAUUGGACAUCAGCUCUCAAAUCUGCAUUGUAACACUGGGAUACCAAGAGAAUACUCCCUUUGUAAAUGGGUCUUAGAUUGUGGGACUGCCGUGGCUCCAGAAAUAGCACAGGACCUUCCCUGUGACACCAGCACUCCCAAAGGUUGUAGAAAUGUCUUCGUUGUUCUGCAUGACAGUCAUUACUGCUGAUGCCCACCAGUGUGGCCUCAGACCCGAAGAUGCUUUUCUCCUUGAAAUGCCAGGUGUUGUUCAACUGUCUCAUUCCACUUCCAGCCAAGAGCCUUUUUAUAUCUGCUCCAUUCUCUCCGCUGGAUUUUGUUAGGGAAUAGAAGCUUUCUCACCUAUUUCCAUAGGCGCUCACUGACUGCACAGAUCAGACAAAUACUCCAUGCUUGCACUACUGUUUGAUGCUACUCCGUCCCAUGCGUGGGAGGCUUUUACUGACAGUGCCACCAGGGUGUGACAACAGUUGCUAUGGCUUUGCUGUGCUGUCACCCGAGCCCAUGUGGGGCAAGGAUCUCCUCAGCCCUGGGCCGGCGGCUCCUCUCACACUCCCUUCCACAAACAUCUCCACCCUUGGCAGGCGUGUUCUGCCCACCCCAGUGCUGAAUGCUGCGUGGGGCUCCUGUUAACGCUCUUAAUGGUGUCUUCCUUAAAACUGUUCUGACAUGAGUGGUGUCCCUUGAGGGUCCGUACUGGGACCAGUGCUAUUCUGUGUUUCAUCAGUGGUGUGUAGAGUGGGAUCAAGUGGACCCCCAGCCAGUCUGAGGAUGAGACCAGGCUGAGGAGUGCAGCUGGGGAGGGGAAUGUCAUCCAGAAGGGCCUUCAGGCCGACAGGAGCCUCAUGAAGUUUGAUAAGGUCAAGUGCAAGGUCUUGCACCUUUGUUAGGGCAAACCCUGGAGAAGAGACAGCUCUGGGGAGAUGUUGUGUCUUGUCCAUGCCUAAAGGGGGAUUGUAAGAAAGAUAAAGAGGGGCUUUUCAGCAAGGCUUGUAAGGACAAGAGGGAACAGGUAAAACUGACAGAGGGUGAACUCUGGACAUGAAGAAGGGUUUUAUGGAGAGACCAUGGCACUGGUUGCCCAGAGCAGCUGUGACUGCCCCAUCCCUGGGACCAAGCUGGACAGGGCUCUAAGCAUCUUGGUCUAGUGGAGGUGUCCCUGCAAAUAAGUCAUGUCUUGAGUGAGACACUGUGUGGCAUGUGGAGCCCCAGCCAAAGGACUCAGUGCACCUCUCAAAACUGUCUGUGCAGGGGUAGAUUAGAGCCCAAUGCUUCUGGUUCAGCAUUGGCCACAUGUACCUUGCACAAGUGUUCACUAAGUGUGCCAAGCUACUGCCUUGGCUGCUCAACUCUGUGCCUUGAAGGUGGGAACUUGGCUUGCCAAGCAGACACCAGUCAUCAGCCUUGCGGUAGGAGUCUUCUGCUCCUGGAUAGCAUGUGAGUGCUGCCACACCCCAUGGGAGAAACUUCAUGUGGUGUGGAGUCCUGAGUUAUUCCAGGGCUGCUCUUUUUUUAGUACCAAGGAGUCAUUUGCAAGGGCACACACUACCUUCUAUCCGUAGGGAUAGGUGGAGAUGGCUGUGGUGACUGACACAGGAGAAUAAAGAAUGUGAAAUGAACAA